UUGAACGAGCUUCUCACGAGUGACGAGAGAAUAAAAACAAUGAAUGAACAAUUUUAAAAAUUUAAUAUUUAAUUGUUCAAGUGUUUUAACAAAUAUAUAUUAUAUUCCUCAACUUAGUAAACUCUUAACAGUAUGGAGUAGCAAAUUAAUCAAGAAAAUACAAUAAACCAUAACGAGGCGGUGGCUUAUUGUAACGAGGUCGACUGAGGAUAAAGUAAUUUUUUUUACUACAAGGAGAGUGCUGAUGAGACUGAUGGCUGAUUAUUUCUUGCCAACUGACUUUCAGUAGUUGGCAAGUGAGAGUCUGUUACAAAGAUUAUUACUAAAGACAAAGGAAGCAAUCAAUAAGAUGGGCGAUCUCACAUUAGAAAAGCGUGAUGAUGGUUGUAUGCAACCCUUGGAUCUUCCUGGACUUGAACAUCUGGAAAGCGAAAAGCAGUUGAAUGUUAAUCUUGAGUUGGUGAAAAAUCUUGCUAGUGCUUGGCAAAGCGUUAAAACGAGCCUGGAACAGAACACCAUAGUCGAAGUUAAAGAUGUUUUGCGUCAAUUGCUAUUAUACACUGCGUAUACGGUGCUGGAUGCAAAAUAUAAGAACAAAAUUGAGAAUUCGACAAAGACAAUACUCACUGACGCCAUUCAAGGGGUGGAGAAAUUCGUGAUUGACUCAAACUUAAAGAAAGUUUGUUCUGCCCUAAACUCGAUCUGUGGUGACCCUUGGGAGUACGCGGCCUUCAAGGAUGCUGCCACAAAAGAGUUGUCAGUCCAAGUAAUUGAUUCGCUUUGGGAGAAUGAAGGCGUUAUCUUUCUCGAGGCAAGAUUGGAAGUUUUGGCCCGCGGAAAGAAGCUUAAGGAUGCUUCGGCAAUUUUUAUGUCGAAAAUUCUGCACAUACUUCUUUACAAGGGCAGGACGAGAUUUAUUUUGGGAAACGACAGUGAAGAAAACAGUGAUUUCGAUCCUUACCGAUUCACAUUCCAUAACUAUCUGGAGUACUUGGAAAUCUACGCACUCCUUUGGAGUAAAGUGGAAGCCGCAUUCGCAACGAAUAUACUGACUGAUCUCAGCCCGUCCAUCAUUUCUGAAGUGAUAAGCAUGCUGAAACAAAAAUCAACGACUGGGUCAAAAGGACGAUUGCUGCCAAAACUUUGGCAAGAAAAUACAAAGGAUAUCCUCCCCCCACUCAUUUCGCUCGUCCUACCCCCCAUCCUAGAUCGUGUCUGUGAAGUGGGACAUAUUAAAUCGUUAGUCACACUACGGUUGGAUAUUUGCAUUGGUAAUAAUCCGGAUCCAGUUCAACGGUUGGAAGAAAUGCUGGAUGAUCUCUCUCUCGAGAAGAUGAAGACAUCUGACAAUAUUUACGCUCUGAGCGAAGUGAUUUUAGAGAAGUUUGAUCAUGCAAAUAAGGACACUCGACGCCAUUAUGUGAACACUUUUCUGAAGGCCAUACUCAAAGAUAUGAACGUGAUUGAAAAUCUUCGUGCAGACACUCCUCAAGACCCUGUAAAAUUACAGGAAGAAUAUUUCAAAUUAUCUCAUCGAUUCGUCUCCCUUUCCAACUACUUUCAAGACUUUAAAAAUAUGUCCAGACAAUUAAAGUUGACGGCAUUUUCUCUCAAUCCAACGGAAAAACUGUUCAACGAGUUGUUCCCAAGUGAUGAUGAAUCAUCUACUACUUCUACUAGUCAAAUAGGAACUGCACCGCCAAACGCUGCUCCGUGCAGUUCUAAUCCAGAUGAUAGUGAUGCAAUUUCAACACCUCCGUCACCAAUUUCAUCAUUUUCAACAGAAGGACCAGCAAAGACGGGAAAGUCGGAAAAUAAGUCACAACUCGAGAACCCGUCUCCAGAAGAAGAAGAAGACCUCCAACUUCCCGAAACUCUGGUUGAUGAUUUAAACUCCGUCUCGCAGACAUCACGAUGGGGUGCGUUGCGUAGCUUUACAAAAGGGCCCGAAGUCAAAAGACUUUGCACGCAACUCUUAAAAGCUGGAAGUGACUUUCUCGUGAAAGAGAAAGAACUAGAGUUUGUGAAUCCCAAUUAUCAAAAGUAUGCCCACCUGCCCGUUAAAUAUGAUGAUCACGAUGGAUUCGAGAGGGGUUUCUACGACCCCAACAAGUGUCCCAAACGAAUUGCUAAUAGAAAAAAUAACAACGGCAAAAUUAGAGGUAAUAAUUUUGUGAAGAGACGAAUCCAAAAUGCUGCCAAUAUUAAUCGGAAAGUUGGUCAGUUAUCGUGGAAAGGAAAUCAUCACCCGCCCGGGUUCAAGACAGAUUUAAGAAUCGCUAUGAAAAACUCCUCGAUUAAUCAUCUUACUCGUCCUUCAACAUCAUCAUCAAAACAAACCUCACGCAAGUCUUUGAGUCAUUCAAGAAAUGAAGGAACAAACGCUGAUUUGGCUAAAAUGUUGGCUACUAUCAAACAGUACGUCAACAAAAAUGUGUGCGAUAUCAAGAAUCAGCGCAAUCGUCAUCAGCAGAAGAACAUUAUGAAAACCUAUGAGGAGCGGUUCUGUCACCCGGCACGUCCAAUGCCUGGAUCAUACAAUUGGAUUCCUGAUCCUAAACCGUCAAGCAAUUCCAUCCCUUCCUCUUUCACAAAGGGAGAGUCACAACCAGUGAGGAAAGUACCAACCCGGUACAUUCCGAGGAAGACUCCUUUCCACUCUUCAACGGGAUGGCAGAAUCAGGAUGAAGAUGCCCUGGCGUCCAAACUGGCUCGUGGCUUCAUUCAGGAAGACGCGAGACAAAUUUCUGUCAGGACUCAGGUUGACUUGCUUCUCCCAGAAGUUGAGGAAUCUGAUUGGAUGGCGGUUGAAGAGAAGAGGAAUGUAGACAUGUACUCCAAUCUCAAUCUGAUGAGUUCUACAGUCAGGUUAAAUUCUGACGAGAUUCCAGUCGAGCUGAUCAAUCUUACAGCCCGGUAUCUCAGCCUAAAAUCUGAACAAUUGCGCGAAAACGGCCAGUCCGGAGACCACGAUGUGAGGCGUACUAAUCGAAGCCCCACUACUGCUCAGAUGCGAGACAAAUUUAGAAAAAUGGUGUUCAAGGACGAUGUUGUUUCAGAAUUCCAAUUUGGCUUAAUUAUGGAAAUGGGGUUGAACAGCAAGCGCAUUGAGCCAUCCCGUGGUCCGUCUAGGACGAUAAAACAUCAAGCCAUGUUGAAGGACGCUACGGAGAGAAUGAAGACUAAUUUGGAACUGGAGACGUACAAAUGGAAAGAAGUUUUGGACAACGCCAAGAAGGAUAUGAGAACUGAGUCUGAAAUUUCCAGAUGGCCUGAGUUCCUGUCAGCGUGCAACGUUACUGGGGAGAACCUCACCGAAGAACAAAUUGCAUUUGACAAGUAUCGAGCAGAGGAAAGGCUUUCGCGUCGAUCAGCACCUGCGUUUAGAUGCCCUCCAGUUAACAAGAAAUACAAGACUCAACCCGAACUUUCGACUCCGUCAUCUGUCCUUGCAUCAUCAGGGAGGAGAAGUAGUGUAGACUCGAGAACGACCCCGUCCACCCACCCUCCUUCUCAAAGAGGUUCGAAAAGGAGAGCAUCUAGUAAUGCCAGUCGGAAGGAACAAAAAUAUCUGGAUGAGUCUGAUUCUGAAGAUUCUUCGUCGUCGUCUUCGUAUUCGACUUCCGCUCACGUCGCCAGCAACAAAAGACGCUACAACUAUUACCCUGAUCGUGUCAUUUACAGGGCCAUCAUUGCCAUGUUAAGGGGUAAAACAAUGAAGGAUGCUGCAGAAAUGAACGGAAUUGGCAGAAGUGCUCUGUGCAAGAGACUCCAUGUCAUGAAAAUUCGAGAAAAGGGUCAACUCAUCAUCCCUCCGCAUUUAUUGGAGGCCAUGAAUGUGGACGCGGAAGGAAACUCUUUCUCCUCGGAUGUCCCGUCAGACAAGAGAAGGAAGGCAUACUCUGAAGCUGACUUACACGAAGCUAUUCGACUAGUUAUUUUCAGAAACUUUAGCUGUAAGAGUGCACAGUUGAAAACAGGUGUUCCUGCUCCUACAGUUCAAUUCUACUGUAAGAACAUCAAACAAGGACCCUACAAUGACAGGAACUUACUAGCGAACGGCAAUCCUGAUGAUAAACUGUUAGAAGCUUCGCUAGCCCGUAACGCUAGAAGUUUGGAGGAGAGCGACGAAGACUUUUUGCCUGCACUUAAAAUGUUUGGAAAAGGCAAGAUUACUUUGCAACGAGCAGCGAUAUUGGCUGGUAUUUCAUUCGAAAAGCUGGUCGCUAUUGUGGAUAGAUUUAAAGUAAAUUCCCCACUGAGGAAACCUGGACCAAAGAUGUCGUUGGACGUAGACAAAAGGAGCCCGUCUCCAUCACAUGACCAAACCUCCCAACAAGAGUCUUCCUCAACACAGUCGUCUGAUGUUUCGCUUUUAGACAAUGCCAUCAAAAUUGCCCCUGUCCCAGCAACUCCUGCUGCUACCGAUGCCCCUGUCCCAGCAACUUCUGUUGCUACCCUUGCCCCUACUUCUGGUCCCGAAAUUCCACCACCAAUGGAAAAGCCAAAGGAAAAACCCAGAACAACAGUUAAUUUGCAAAUGCUUUAUAAUCCCAUCUUCCGACAAUCGGCUGAAAGUAUUUCUGGAAAACCACUUGCAAUUCCUUCAACAAGACCGAAAAAAGAAAUUCUCGAUGAUAGCACCGGAGAAAUUAAGAUAGUCGAUGACACUGGAGACGACCCGGCAUUGGAUAAAAUAAUUGCGACUCUUCCCCCGUGGUCUGAUGAGGAAGUCGUAGUUGAAAAGAAAAAGGAAAUUAAUAUAUCUUUAGAGGAUAAAAAUGAAAAGGGUAGUGAUGUGAUCCUCGUUGACACUCUUGAAAAGAAGACGGUGGGGCAAGAAGAGGACCUAUCUCAGACCAAGGUCAUCUACCAUUCCGUGAUAGGUGACCCAACACCUCAGAAGAUUGUCUUCAAGAAUAAUCUCAAGUGCCGAAUAUAUUUGAAUCGUCAGGAAGUGCAGGCAUAUAUAGAUAAGCACCCUAGUACUAGCUCCUCCUCAAAUUAUUCUUUGUCCCCUUCAUUGCCCUCGCCAGAAAUCAAAGUAAUGGAAAGUAUAAUGGAAAGUUCCUCCACUGCCACAACAGAAGUUAAAAGAUCCAGAAGAAUUCACAGUAUGCCCAAAAUAGUUUUUAAGAGUGGGAUUCCAACAAGAAUUGCAGAGCUGAAUGGUGCUCAUCCGAUUGACAAGGAUCCGACGAUAAAUGGGGUUAUCGUCUCAUCCAGCAAUAAGCGAAAACCUGAGGAAGUGACUGUCCAACAACAACAGAAUGGGGAUUCUUCCUCCUCCACGACUAUCAACACUUGCAAGAAGCGCCGUGUGGACAAAGAAAAAGAGAACUUGCUCCCAGUUUCAGCAUCAAUUGCGGCAGCGGUUGCUGCUGUAGUGACAACGACAAGAGAACCUACAAUUUCCCCCGCCACUGUACUGGAUAGUAAAAUCCGAAAGGAAGCAAACGGAAAAGUACAAAAUGUAGCCAGGAAGAGGACCAAGCGACCACAACGACGCCGCCGCAUUUCAUCAAGUUCUUCGUCCUCACAUUCCAUGUCGGGGAAGGAUUUGGGUGAAAGUGCGAACAUUCUUCCUGCCGAUGAAGGGAGGAAGAGUCCAGAUGACGAUGACUUUGAUGAUUUUGAGGACGAAAGUUCCGACGAAGAUAAAGAUAGCGAUCCUGAUUACGUCCCGGAUGAAAUGGAUCUGUCCAAGAUGAAUAAUAAGGCACAACGAAACGUUUUUGAACCUGUGCUUUCCUCUCAAACCAAGCCUGUCGAGUGUACGCCACCGCCACAAGACCUUAAUUUCAUUAAUAUAAUUUCCAACCCUAACACGGUGUGUUCAUUAAGAAUGCCAUCUUCGUCUGAGUUAAGAACUUUGAAUUUUCCCCUUCCAGUUAUAAAUAUAAGAACAAGUCAUCACACUCCCCUUAUCAUCGCCAAUAAUACCAACAAAACCAACCAACCACCGCCAAGAGUAUUUUCUACGCCAACUCAUCCCGUUUUGACGCAUAACAUGAACAUUUUCCAAGGUCCAGUUGAAGAGGCUGAAGAGUUUACACCCCCAGUCGUUAAUAAACGCAGGCCCACGAAAAAAGCCAAGACGACGACGACGACGACGACAAAUGGAAAUAAUUUACCGACACAAACGAAGCCUCUAACAUGUGAUGGGAUACGUAGCAAAACAACAUACCUAGCUAAAAACUGUACAGUGAAGAAGGUACCUCAAGCUCGUCGCGAGGAUCCUUUACUUGAAGUUAUUAAUCUUAGCGACUCGGACGAUGAAGCUGAAGUACAACCACAAAUAAUUCACCAGAAUGGAAUGGGAAUUGAAUCCAUCCAUCCAUCCAUCCUCACCAGAAACCAAGAAGCUAUCUUUUCUGAUCAUCAGUCUUUCUCAUUUCAAGAAAUUCCUUCUUGUGACUACAGAAUCGUUCCAGACAAUGAUGAUGAUGAUGAUAAUGAUGGCGUUAGAGAAAUACUUAUAACUGGUUCUCAGCAACAACAACAAUCUGUUGAAAUUGGAGGUCCGAUUGUUUGUGGAAUAGAUUCCACUGAAAUAAUUUCCUUGAUGACAGCUCAACAAGUCGAAACUCGAAAAAACUUUGCUUCCAUUGAAGAUGAGUUAUUUUGUGAAUUUAGAGACAAGAAUUCCUCAGAUGCGAAUGUCGAAACAAGAAUGUCAUCUUAUCCCUCCUCUGCUAAACCAAGUAGUCGUCAAACUUCGGAAACGGAUGUCAGUGAAAUCUCAACAUUUUCUUCCUCGUCAAACAACUCUCCGCAUCAGUCUGAAGGGGAACUGGAGAGUGGAAAGCAAUACACCAACGUUUUAAACAACUACUUGCCACAAUUGCAUAAUAAUGAGUUCUAUGAAAAUGCAGAAAUUAAUCGGAGAGAAGGGUUAUCAACAAAUCAACAAGAAGGUGACAAUCUUGUGGCCUCAAAUAGUGAGAAACACGUGGAGAUGAGAAAACCGGACCCCACCCCUUCAGCUAAUAGAAUGGAAAAUCGGACGCAAUUGUCACAAACAUCAGGCGAGGAUAAGCCAGAAGAAAUUAUUAGACAAGCUCCAGCUCAUGAGGUAUCAAGCCCAUUCCAGGAUAAUCGCCAAUCCCCACAAAGUACUAGAAGCGUCUCCCCUCCAAUCGAAUCCAACGCAACUCCCAACAUCUCUGCUGACCCUAUUGAAUCAGAACUUUCAUUUCUGUUUGAAGAAAAAGAAGAAACUUUAACUGCUGUUAAUCCACCCUCAUCCCCGACUCCUCAACAAUUACAAAAUUAUGAUACCAGCCCAGCUAAUAAUAUGGAACCAGUUGUCUCUCCCCUCGAAGCUGUGUGUCAAACUAGCUCGUUGGGGUCUCCACCCAUACCCAUACUUGAGCCAGAAACUAAUCAAACCCCUGCAAUUGGGGAAUGUGACGACUGUCCUCCCUCCCUCGAAUUAUCAAAAUAUGAGCCAUAACUUGUGUUGCUAUAAUUAUAACUUUCGUGUGUUCAUUAUUUUCUAUCACUAUUCCUGUUUGACUCAGUUUUGAAACGAACGUUCUUCGUUUUCUAUAAUGUGUUACGAUCUCAAAAUUCAGAGAUGGUAGAAAUCUGUCUAUUUAUAUCAUCCGAAUAAUUGAUAGAUAAUUCACUUCUUUUUUUAAAAUUAUAUUGCGAUUCGGACUUUUGAUAAUCAUGAUCUUUUUACAUUCUCCCUUUAUUUAUUUACCUUCACAACGUUGUACUACUGCUGUACUGAUUCUAUUGUAGCAUUAUUUUGUUAUAAAUAACUAUUUUACCGCAAAUGCAUAAACUUGCGAUUGUAAUUUAUACUCGUGUGAUUUUAUUAAUAUUAGAAAUAAAAUCGAAAGUAAAUAUCGUUGAAGUACAUGUA